GUCAGUUUAUUUCGGCCUCUGCUGCAUCAAUUUGGACUAUUGUUGUUUUAAUGUCUCUUUAUGGAAGUGACAUUGCUUGAAUACCCCUUUCAGCAAAACAACGGAAUACUUCUGACACCUUUGUGUGCCCGGCACAUUCUUCUUGUUUCUCGGAUGUUUUGUAUUUGCAUAAUAUAUCAGCAGCUGAGCCAGCUUAUAUCGGUAUCCAUGGUAAUAGGUUGAGUGUGCCAAGUGGUAAAUAAUUAUUUAUUCGAGAUUUUGUAUUUUAAUCUAAGUUCUGGGCGAAGUUAUCCUCCAUGGUCCCCUGUAGUGCACUGUUAUAUUUUGGAGAGGCCAUAUACCCUACAACGCGGGUUUCGAAUUUCUCCUACAGCCCCUGAAGGCAGCAGCAUCCCCUCCAGUUUUACGGUCUCAGCGCCGACUCAACGUGAUCGCGUCUCUCACGGAGAGCCGGUGUGGUGUCUGAGGAGCGCUCAAAAAGCUUCGCUCGUACGCACUUUAAACAGGAUGUAGCGACUGAGACACAUCACGGAAACACACAGAAAAGAAGAAAGCGGGUUAAACUCUGCGACGUGACAAAACACCACUGAGCCAGAAAUGAGCGGCACAGCGGAGGAGAAGAAGAAGAAGAAGAAGAAGACAGGAGAAGUCCCGAUGAGGAAGCUCAUCGUCGGCAGGUCUUGACGGCUGUCCCGCUGACCUGAGACGCCCAGCACCGCACGGUUUACACGCACACCGAAAACCCAACACAGCCGACAUACUCCACCACAUCCCGCCGGUGGACACUGAAAGCGACAAUGGCGAGCCAGGGUGACUGCUGUGUGAAGGUUGCAUUGAGGAUUCGUCCUCAGAUGGCCAAGGAGAAGAUAGAGGGCUGUCACGUGUGCACGCUGGUCACACCUGGAGAACCACAAGUCCUCCUGGGUAAAGACAAAGCCUUCACCUAUGACUUUGUGUUCGACAUCGACUCUGAGCAGCAGCAAAUCCACGAGGCCUGUGUUCACAAGCUCAUCGAGGGCUGUUUGGAGGGCUACAACGCAACAGUUUUCGCUUAUGGACAGACGGGUUCGGGUAAGACCUACACCAUGGGAACGGGCUUUGAUUUGAGCCUGGGCCCACAUGAGCAGGGCAUCAUCCCACGGGCUGUUCACCAGCUGUUUGAGGGAAUCCAGAACAGUAGGGUGCACGCCCAGGAGGCCGGCAUCCAGCCACCCGAGUUUAAAGUCAGUGCCCAGUUCCUAGAGUUGUACAAUGAAGAGGUCCUGGACUUGUUCGACGAAGCCAGAGAUCCAGAGAACCGGAACAGGAAGUCCAACAUUAAGAUCCAUGAAGACGCCAGUGGCAGCAUUUACACCACUGGAGUCACUUCUAGACUGGUGAACUCCGAGGAGGAGCUGCUGCAGUGCCUGAAGCUCGGUGCUCUGUCCCGCACCACAGCCAGCACCCAGAUGAACGCCACGAGCUCCCGCUCGCAUGCCAUCUUCACCAUCUACCUUUGUCAGAUGAGAGUGUGCCAGCGGGCUCAAAUGCAGAACGGAGGAGCAGAAGAGAACGGGGAGUUGAACGGUGUGGACUCCGGCCCCAUCGCUCAGCCGGAGUUCGAGACACUGAUGGCCAAGUUCCACUUUGUGGACCUGGCCGGCUCUGAGAGGCUGAAACGCACAGGAGCUACAGGAGAGAGAGCCCGUGAGGGAAUCUCCAUUAACUGUGGACUGCUGGCGCUGGGAAAUGUGAUCAGUGCUUUAGGGGACCAGACCAAGAAGGGAGGGCACGUCCCUUACAGAGACUCCAAACUCACUCGUCUGCUACAGGACUCCCUGGGAGGCAACAGUCGCACAGUGAUGAUCGCCUGCGUCAGUCCGUCAGACCGGGACUUCAUGGAGACACUGAACACACUGAAGUACGCCAACCGUGCCCGAAACAUCAGGAACAAGGUGGUGGUGAACCAAGACAAGACCAGCCAGCAGAUCAGCGCCCUGCGAGCCGAGAUAGCCCGGCUUCAGAUGGAACUGUUGGAGUACAAGGCGGGCAAGCGUGUGGCAGGUGAGGAUGGUUCAGAGGGCUACAGCGACCUGUAUACGGAGAAUGCAAUGCUGCAGAGAGAAAACGACACAAUGCGCCACAGGGUGAAGGCCAUGCAGGAGACCAUUGACCACCUCAACACCCGUGUAACACACAUGCUGGCCAAUGAGGUCAACACUCUGCUGACUAAGUCAAGUGAGGGCAAUGAGGAGAUCGGUGCAUUAAUACAGAACUACAUCCGAGAGGUUGAAGAACUUAGAUCCAAGCUUCUUGAGAGCGAGGCCAUGAACGAGUCUUUGCGACGGCAGACAGUCCGACUUUCCUCGCGUUCCCCGUUCCCUUCCUCCACUCUCAGCCCCGCCCCCGGCCACCCCCCUGGCUCCUCCCCCGCUUCAUUAUCAAUGGAGGCCGAGUUGACGGACGUGUUACGCCGGGCCAAGCUGGACAUCGACAGGCUGAAGAAGAAGGAGAGGAGGCAGAGAAGAAUGAGUCCUGAUUUGGAGAAAGGUCUGAAGAAACGAGUGAAACUGCACACUCACGAGAAUGGAGAGAACGGGCGGAGUGGUCAGAAUGGACAGAAUGGGGAGAUCGAUUCAGACGACAAUUACACUGAGGAUGUCAUGUCUCCACUGCAGGAGGAGAGCGGUUGUGAUGAAGAUGAGGGGGAGGAUGAAGAGGAAGGCAGGGAGGAGGAAGAGGACGGGUUUGACAGUGACGAGAGCCUGGUGGAUUCAGACUCAGACUCUGAAGAGAAAGCCAACUUCCAGGCGGACCUGGCUGAUCUGACCUGCGAGAUCGAGAUCAAACAGAAGCUGAUAGACGAGCUGGAGAACAGCCAGCGGAGGCUGCUGAUGCUGAAGCUGCAGUACGAGGAGAAGCUUGUUCUACUGCAAAACAAGAUCCGAGACACUCAGCUGGAGAGAGACCGCGUACUGCAGAAUCUCAUGUCCAUGGAGAACUACACGGAGGAGAAGGCCGGCAGGAUCAAGCAGGACUAUGAGAAACGUCUUAAGGAGAUGAACCGAGAUCUGCUAAAGCUACAGGUGGCACAAAAAGAGCAUGCACGUCUCCUCAAAAACCAGGGGAGGUAUGAACGGGAGCUGAAGAAACUCCAGACGGAGGUCAACGACAUGAAGAAAGCCAAGGUGACGCUGAUGAAGCAAAUGAAGGAGGAGCAGCUGAGGAGGAGGAUGGUGGAGGCAAAGAGGAACCGUGAGAUCGCCCAACUCAAGAAAGAGCAGCGCCGACAAGAGUACCAGAUUCGAGCGCUGGAGUCGCAGAAGCGGCAACAGGAGCAGGUGCUGCGCAGAAAGACCCAGGAGGUGACCGCCCUGCGGCGCCUGGCCAAGCCCAUGUCAGACCGCGUGGCCGGGCGUGUGGCCCGCUGGAACUACUCUCCCUCAGUUACAGACUCUGGAGCCGAGUUAUCGGCCAACACUACAGCAAGCAGCUCUGAACCUGAGACUACGAGGACUGUGAGCGGGCUGGUGAAGCAGUGGAACAACAAAAACAAUGUGUUUGGAUAUUUGGCCGAGAGCGAAGGGAGCAUGGAUGGAUCCAGGGUCAUUAGCAAUAGGAAGAAGUUGCAGCGUAAGCCAGCAGGCCUGGGCAGCGUUGCAGCGGCGGGCCGAGCUAGCAGCUUCUCAAAGUCUGCCCGUCAGAAGUGGCAAGCACUCGAGCGUCGCAUUGUUGACAUUGUCAUGCAGAGAAUGACCAUCGCCAACGUGGAGGCCGACAUGGAUCGCCUCAUCAAGAAGCGAGAGGAGCUGACAGUCCAGCAGGAAUCGCUCUCACAUAAGAGGGAGGUACUAAUGGCAGAUGGGGAGGGGCCAGAAGCAGAAGACCGCCUCCUUCAGGAAAUUAACGAGGACAUUGAGGUGCUGAACGCCAACAUAGACUACAUCAAUGACAGCCUGUCUGACUGCCAGGCCACCAUUGUACAGAUAGAGGAGACCAAGGAUGAGCUGGACUCAGUGGACACAUCAGUGGUGAUCAGCUCUUGCUCUCUGGCUGAAGCGCGCCACCUGCUGGACCACUUCCUGAAGGCUUCCAUAGACAAAAGUUUACAGGUGGCUCAGAAGGAGGCUCAGAUCCGCCUGCUGGAGGGUCAGCUGAGACAGACGGAUGUGAUUGGCUCAUCUCACAAUCACAUAAUCCUUGAUGCCCUGAAGGAAAAGGCAGAAUACAUCCCUGAGCUUCAGGCUCUCAUCCACAAUGUACAGCAGGAAAAUGGUUAUGCCAGCACAGACGAGGAGCCCUCUGAGUUCAGCCAAGCCUCUGACAGCAGUGUAUCGCAAAUGAAACAAUCCAACAGCCAAGAUGAUUUCAAAAUAAAGAUGGAGCCUCGUCUGUCAGCUCAGAUGAAGGCGGUGUCUGCAGAGUAUCUUGGUCCCAGUGUCGACCACUCAUCAGGCAGCAAGCAGCAGCACAUCACCAAGUCUCUGGCCUCGCUGACGGACAUCCAGGAGGACGGCCUGAGCUUGGCGACAGCUAGUCUGGGGCUCAGCCUGGCCCUACGAGACCACUACCACAGGGACCGGGUGUCCCGCACCAUCAGCCUACCUGUCAGGGGCCACACCUUUCCCAGGCAGUCUCGGGGUUAUGACACUUCCCCUCUAACAAGGAGGAAAUCCUACGACCGUGCGUACAGGCCCACUGACGGCUAUACUCCCCCCUCAUCCCCUCCUCUAAGGGCCAGGAACGACCGCAAUGUUUUCUCAAGGCUCACCAGCAACCAAACCCAAGGUUCUGCUCUGGACAAGUCGGAUGACAGCGACUCCUCGCUCUCCGAGGUGCUCAGGGGUGUGAUCAAUCCCAUCGGGGGUGUGAAGGGGGGUCGGACAGCGCCCCUGCAGUGUGUUUCUGUAGCCGAAGGCCAUUCGAAGGCAGUCCUGUGUGUUGAUGCCACAGAUGAGCUGCUAUUUACUGGAUCUAAAGAUCGCACCUGUAAGAUGUGGAACCUGGUAACAGGUCAAGAGAUCGUCACCCUCAAAGGCCACCCAAACAACGUGAUUUCAGUCAAAUAUUGUCCUUCCUCCUGUCUGGUCUUCUCCGUCUCCACCUCCUACAUCAAGGUGUGGGACAUCCGCGACUCUGCCAAGUGUGUCCGCACGCUUACUUCAUCGGGGCAGGUGGUUUCAGGGGAUGUAUGUGCGGGCACCACCACCCGCACAAUAACAUUUGCUCAGGGUGAGUGUCAGAUUAACCAGAUAGCCCUCAACCCGUCAGGAUCUGUGCUCUACGCUGCUGCUGGGAACACUGUUCGCAUGUGGGACCUCAACAGGAUGCAAGGAAUGGGGAAGCUGACAGGCCACAGCGGCUCUGUCAUGUGCCUGACAGUGGGACAGUCUCUGCUGGGCAAAGACCAAGUAAUCACUGGCUCCAAAGACCAUUAUGUCAAGGUGUUUGACGUGGCAGAGGGGAUGCUGGGUAAUAUAGGUCCAGCUCAUAACUUUGAGCCGCCCCAUUAUGACGGCAUCGAGUGUUUGGCUGUACAGGGAGAUGUGCUGUUCAGCGGGUCCAGAGACAACGGCAUCAAAAAAUGGGAUCUAGAGCAUCAGGAACUCACUCAGCAAAUCCCCAACGCCCAUAAAGACUGGGUGUGCGCUCUGGCAUAUGUCCCGGGCCGGCCCAUGCUGCUGAGCGCCUGUAGGGGCGGCGUGCUGAAGGUGUGGAACGUAGAAAACUUCACCCCCAUAGGAGAGGUCAGGGGUCAUGAAAGCCCCAUUAACGCCAUAUGUACCAACUCAAGACAGAUCUUCACUGCGUCCAGUGACUGCAGGGUGAAGUUGUGGAGCUAUGUGCCAGGCUUGACCCCGUGUCUUCCUCGACGGGUCCUUGCCAUCAAGGGCCGAGCCACCAGCCUCCCAUGAUUGCCUCUUCUCCGCUCACCAACCCUCCCUUCCUCUGCGACAAGACAGUGAAGAUCUGGUCGUCGAAGGUGUGGAGGAAGAGGUGAUAACGGAGGUGGUUCUUUUUUGUCGCCCAUCUUGCUGCAACUUCAGCUCCUGCUCUGUGACCUGCUCACUUCUGUCAAUGAGAUGUGGAACUGUAAACACCGUUUCCAAGGCAAUCAAGGUGUUUUUUUUUCUUUGUCAGGGUGCAAAAUGACGAAGCAGAGGCGGAAUAUGUAUUCAAAGGCAAAAAACUAUUUGCCUUUCAGAUUUUUUUUUUACUGCCAAUUUUAAAAAACCAUUCAGGUGUGACGCUCGGACAAUAUGAACCGCAUCUAUCUCGCCGUGGAUUCACCAGGCAGAACAAUUUCUCUCUCCUGACAUUAAAACUACCACAGCCUGGCGUUGGAAGGAAAAGAAAAAGUGUCCUCCUGUUCUUUCACCAAGGUUUCCUUAUCCUUGUGGAACAGUGACAGAGGAAUCCGCUUAAAUACGUGUGUACUCGUGUAUCUAUCUACCUUGUCUCAAAGUCAUGACACGGGCUGAAUUUAAAUCCCAGAGGGACGUUAACUGACAAUUUGGACCUCUGACAGUUUCCCCUCGUUCCUCCUUUCAGGACUGUCCGUGUCCAUUAGCAUUGUUCUGAUGAUGAACACAUUGGAGGGUCAUGCUAUGGGCUCAUUGGGUUGGAUGAUCAAUAGAAAAUUGUUGAUGUUGGUUAAGGAAUCACUGGACAAUUAGGAAACGCCAUCGUUUUCCACACCGGAAACGCCCUCCAAUCCUUUUGUUUCAAGUCGCUCUCUGUAUCUCACUGAACUUUAUUGUGUUCCACAAGUCGUAAUUUUUUUUUAAUGACUUUUACUAAUUUAUUAUUUUCCCUACCUCAGUUGUUUUGGACUUUGGUGUGAGGUGGGAGGGAACAUUUUUACAGGUCUCUGUGCAAACACCUGGUGCUUGACAUUUUGAAGUCUUUAUUGUAAGCCUGUCUCUUCAUCUCUGUGUGGAUGUGUCCUCUGUGGCUCUCUGGCUUUAAGACUGUCUAGCUGCUGACCCUGCAAACAGGAAAGCACACGACCAGCAGUGCAACUAAGGUAGCACUGGCCCCGGAGGAUCUGACAGAAUUGUAAUAUCGGCUCUGAAAACUGCUAACUGCGGCAAAAAAACAACCCACCCCUGCAGAUGCACAUGACACAGUACGUACCUACAGCACACACUCUUAAGACAUUUGUGAGCCGGGUACUUCUGUUGAGGCCAAAGUGCCAGAUCAUUAUCUCAACCAUCCUACAGUAUGUGGCCCAAACUUGCCAUUUAUCCUCCACACAAAUGGUAAUAGGAGCCCUAUCAGUUCCCCCCUGCCUGCUUUCAGCUCCACUCUGAUCUUUAAG